AGUGAACUGUGUGCGAUCUCUCCUGGUAGGAAAAAAAAAAAAACCCCGUCCCCAUGGGCUUGUUGUGCUGCUGUCUGCUGUCUAUUUGCAUGAUAUUUUUCUAUUCAGUCUUAUCAUCGGCGCGCUGUGAGGUGGGAAGUGCUGGCUCCCUCUCAGAGGCUGGACCCGGGUUUUAUCGGCAGCAAAACGUCGUGCCGAUAUGUCUAAACCCAUGGAUCACGUCAAACGCCCGAUGAACGCUUUCAUGGUGUGGUCCCGAGCCCAGCGGAGGAAGAUGGCCCAGGAGAACCCCAAAAUGCACAACUCCGAGAUCAGCAAGCGGCUGGGCGCGGAGUGGAAGCUGCUCACCGAGUCGGAGAAGAGGCCCUUCAUCGACGAGGCGAAGCGGCUGAGGGCCAUGCACAUGAAGGAGCACCCAGACUACAAGUACCGGCCGAGGCGGAAGCCCAAGACGCUGAUGAAGAAGGACAAGUUCUCCUUCCCGGUGCCCUACAACCUCGGGGAGCACGAGGCGCUCAAAGUCAGCGGGCUGACGGGCGGAGCGCUGUCCGAGUCCCUCAUCGGCAACCCGGACAAGGCGGCGGCGGCGGCGGCGGCCGCGGCCGCCAGGGUCUUCUUCAACCCGUCCAUGUCGGCGAACCCCUACUCCUUUUUCGACCUGGGAUCCAAGAUGAGCGAGCUUUCGCCCCCCUCGUUCCCCUACGCGUCGCCGCUGGGCUACCCGGGCGGCGCCACGGCGUUCUCCGGAGCCGGCGCCGUCACCGGGGGCGCGCACACGCACACGCACUCGCACCCGUCGCCGGGGAACCCGGGCUACAUGAUCCCCUGUAACUGUACGGCGUGGCCCUCCGCGGGGCUCCAGCCGCCGCUGGCCUACAUCCUGCUCCCGGGGAUGGGCAAACCCCAACUUGAACCCUACCCCGCAUACGCCGCGGCGUUAUGA